AUGAGCAGUCAUGUUCCUGAGAAUCUCAUGAAAAAACUGCGGUGCUGUUUCUCUGACGUUCGGUUCCAUAAAGUCCCUAACGGUGCCGACGAGACACAACAAUAUGUCAAGUUUAAAAACAAGCUGCUAGCGAUCGGCAAAGAGGAAUACAUUGUUCGAAUCCUGCUCCCUCCACCUCCUCCCCGCUUACCCGUGGCAAGGAUAACCCGGCUGGCUAUCGACAACAACCACCCGCCUGUGCCGUCGAGCCCACACUUGUUGGGAACUUCGUCUCCAUGGCUACAAACGACCGACAGCUCCGCUGUUUGGACACAGGCCCCUCUCGAUGAAGAGCCGUCAACUGCCGUCAGACGAAUCCUCCGUGCGCCUGAAGGCACGGGGUCGCGUCAGUGA